AUGAAUGGUAGUUGCAAUUAAGAAACAUUUAGAAAUAGACUCCAAAUAAAGAUUGAGAAAUUCAGACAGUUAAAAGAUAAACGAAGGCUUCGCAUUCAGAUAGACAAGUUUAGUGAUAACAAUAAAAGUGAAAAUCACCUAGGGAGUGAUCUUUAAGACUUCAAAUACUAAAAAUAGCUUACUUUCAAUACUAAAAACAAAAACCACCAAGAAGCUUUAUUUUCAUUCAGAGCCUCUCCAAUAUCGAAGAAAGAUAACUCACCUAAUUGCUUUACAAAUAAAAACAGUGAUGAUAGUCUGAUUGAAUCUCCUCUUCUUAAUAUUUCAAACCCUAAGAUCGAUGGCAAGAUAGAGGGAUUUUAUAAUCAAUCUAAAGCAGAUCUGAAUACUAAUGAUGCUACUCCUAAGAAUAUACUAUCUUAAAGUUUGAACAAUAAUGAUUAGAGGAAAAGUGUUUCACUAAAUUUGGAAUAGACAUUGUAGAUGCAAGAAAGAAUAACAGCCAUUACAGAAAAAAUUACAAAGCAAAAACGGAACAAAAAUAAACUAAUACUAAAUAACAAAGUAAAGACAUUACUUGAUAGAAUUAGGACGCAACAGGGAAAUUAAUCGCCUAAAUUUGCCUAGUCAUGA